AACACACUAAGUUUUUACUUUCGAAUAUCCCCAGUUCUUAAGUGUUAUAACUUUUUUUCUCGACCGAAAAAUGGCACUUCUCGCUGGACACUGGACAUUUGUGUUUGGACUUCUUGGCAAUAUUGUCUCCUUCUUGGUGUUUCUUGCUCCCAUCUCGACUUUCUACCAAAUCUACAAGAAAAAAUCGAGCGAAGGCUACCAAUCAAUCCCGUACGUUGUCGCUCUAUUCAGUGCCGUGCUAUGGAUAUACUACGCUUUCCUCAAGACCAACACCACGCUACUCAUCACCAUAAACUCGGUCGGAAUUGUUAUUGAGACGAUUUACAUCGUUUUUUAUGUCGUCUACGCCACAAAGUCGGGAAAGAUUCAGACGGCGAAGCUUCUGGCUUUGCUCAUGGGUUGCGGUGUGGGAUUGAUCGUUGUUACUCAAUUUCUCGUGAAAAGUCCCGUGCAACGUGCAAACAUCGUCGGGUGGAUUUGCCUAAUAUUCUCUUUGUGUGUGUUUGUUGCCCCCUUAUGCAUAGUGAGGCAUGUUAUACGAACCAAGAGCGUCGAGCACAUGCCAUUCCUUUUGUCGUUCUUCCUCACGCUUAGCGCCGUCAUGUGGUUUUUCUACGGCUUAUUGCUCAAAGAUUUUAACAUUGCCAUCCCGAACGUGCUAGGGUUCACCUUCGGCAUCCUCCAAAUGGUGCUCUACCUCAUGUACCGAAAACCGAGCGAAAAAAUCGAAGAGCAAAAGUUGCCUGAGAUACAGAAGCAAGUCGUGGUUCUUGACGAGAACAAAAAUGUCGAGAUCAUCAAGUUUAGCGCCAUCGAUUUGAGUUCGGACAAAACUCCGGCCUUGCCCAAGUCGUGCAAGAACGAAGUCGAGUCGAUAGCUCUGCCACAUAAUUUUCCCAAGCAAUGCGAAGUUUGAUGUGGGGCUUCUUGGUUAAUUAAUUAAUUAAUCUGCAUGGCGUUUUAUAAAUAAAUAUCUGCAUGUAAGAUAAUAAUAAUACUUGUUUAACUUGCUUUUUCUUUAAUUUAGCUCUACUUUGUGCUCUGCCGAGAGACCGGCGGACUUAAUAUUAUGUAACUUCUAUGUAUUUUUUAUCUUUAUGCGAUGAUUGGGAUUAAUGAAAAAGUGGGUGUUAUUUGCUAUAGUAUA